UGACUCGGAGCUGAGGUGGCCGCCAUCUUGUCCAAUCAGCCAAACCAUCCGCCGCCGCCGCUGCCGGGCUUUUGAGGCCUUGCGGGGAGAAAGCUCCGAACCGGCGUCUCUCCUCCCCACCCCCACCCCCCGCGUAGGGGCAGAGUGGAUGCCGGGUCCUUCCCUAGGUCCGUGCUGCUGAAGACCUCCGAGCCGGGCUCCUCGGGGAUGGGCCGCUCCCGCUCGCGGAGCUCGUCGCACUCGAAGCGCGUCAAGAGCUCCAAGCACAACAAGAAGAACCGGAGCCGCUCCCGGUCCCGCUCCCGGGAGAAAGAGAGGGCGAGGAAGCGCUCCAAGUCCCGGGAGAGCAAGCGGAGCCGGCGGAGGGAGUCCCGCUCCAGGUCCCGCUCCAACACCGCGCCGUCCAGGAGAGACCGCGAGAGGGAGCGGGAGAGGGCCUCCUCCCCGCCCGACCGCAUCGACAUCUUCGGCCGGACCGUCAGCAAGCGCAGCAGCCUGGACGAGAAGCAGAAGCGCGAGGAGGAGGAGAAGAAGGCCGAGUUCGAGAGGCAGAGGAAAAUCCGGCAGCAAGAAAUAGAAGAGAAGCUUAUUGAGGAAGAGACGGCUCGAAGAGUGGAGGAACUUGUAGCAAAGCGGGUAGAAGAAGAACUGGAGAAACGGAAAGAUGAGAUUGAGCGGGAAGUUCUGCGCAGGGUGGAGGAGGCUAAGCGCAUCAUGGAAAAACAGUUGCUCGAAGAACUCGAGCGACAGCGACAAGCUGAACUUGCAGCACAAAAGGCUAGAGAGGAGGAAGAGCGUGCAAAGCGUGAGGAGCUAGAACGAAUACUAGAAGAGAAUAAUCGAAAAAUUGCAGAAGCACAAGCUAAAUUGGCUGAAGAACAAUUGAAAAUUGUUGAAGAACAAAGAAAAAUUCAUGAGGAGAGGAUGAAACUAGAACAAGAGAGGCAACGUCAGCAAAAGGAAGAGCAAAAAAUGAUCCUAGGCAAGGGAAAGUCUAGGCCAAAACUGUCAUUCUCACUAAAGAGUCAGGAUUAAAUUUCAGCUCCGAACUCUAAUGGAAAAUGAAACAAAACUUUGUAUAGUAGCUUCAUGUUGAAGUGUUUUUUUAUUUUAUUUUCUUUCGUGAUUUUUUUCUUUUCUUUUUGGACAUCUGAAAAGUUAGCUUGUUCUAAUAGGGGCUGUGCUCUACAUCUCUCUCUUAUUUUAAUGUCUAUUGAGUUAAAUCCUUAUCAGAUCAUUGUCUUUUUAAAGAAUAAAUCUGUUUUGAUUCUACGAUAAAGUGACUUGAUGCAGGUCAGGUCACUUUAUGAAUUAUGGUAUGGUCUGAUAAGGUUUUUACUGACCCACUGAUCUCAGAGUUAUACUCUGAUGUUAAUUUUUAAUGCUGGGUUGCUGACUUCUUAAAAAAAAGUUUGGCAAAAGUAUUGGUAAAUUCCCACAGUGUACUGGAUCCUCAGUGGUUUGUUAUAUCGGUGUCUUAUGAUACUAUCCCACUAUUGUGCUUGAUGUUCCUGAUACAGGUAAGGAAAAAGUUGGUCAGUGUUGGCUGGAGAUGUGUAAAGGGAGUUCAGUAUUGUCUCUGCUAGAAUUGUUUUUAUUCCAGUGGUAAAAUUCAACCAGCAUUCCCAAUUGUGUAAAUAAACCAAUUUGCCGAAUAAAGUGAAGUCUUAAAUUCA